AUGGAACUCGCAAUGGAGAUCAAGCCACCACACGACAUGCAUCAAAAUCGGAUUCUCAAAAUACACAAUGAUUCACAACCUAGAAUGUAUCUCGGGCGACGUCCAACCACAGGGCAACAUGGUGCUCUUUUACUCAUUCACGGUCUUGACGUCAAUUCCCUUGGUAUUGAGUCUAUACCAACAAAAGGACACCCGACAUAUCUUAACACGGUUCAAGGCCGUGCAAUAUUUAUAAAAUGGUUUCAGAAAGAGAAUGUUCAUAGUUGGGCUACCACGACUAUUGAACUGAAUCAAUUGAUCGCAGAAUUCAAAAAGGGUACUAUUCGAACGAACUGGACGGUACUCGAAUUAGUAGGAUUCGAUCUAGAACAUUACGAAGGAUUACUAGAAAGGUAUGCCCAAAUCCAACCGUUUUGCAAUAGGAGAAAAGGUAUCCCAUUGAAAGACGUUCAGGGGGGCUUUGAGCAUUCGUUUCUGAAUGAGCUAUUGAGCACAUCGAUGAAAAGAGCUUGUGAUGUAGAAGACGAGUGCAAAAGUGAGAGAAAACGAUUGAAAUCAUCUCAGCGAAUUGAGAUGCUGAAGCGUCUUUCGGAUCAUCGGCCAGAAUUCGAGGAUAGUGAUACUAUUUAUCGUGGAUGCUACGCCUAG